AUGUCACGGUUAUAUUCUUCUCCGAGCAAGCGCAAGGUUACACCUUCGUUCGAGAUGGACCAGGGAACCUUCAAGCGGAAGCGGAGGAUCUACGUGACCAAAAAGAAGAUCGUAGAUAAUACGCCGCUGACCCACACCCACCCUUUGCCCCAAAAGCAAGAAGAAGUUGAGGAGGCUUGGCAUUGUAAACACAUUGCUUUACCGGUGGAUUUGCAAGACUUACAAAUCGACCUCGAUCGGAGUGACGUCAAAGCCUUGCUUCAUUCCAUUUUCCCUGCCACUCUCAACGUUGCCGAGGCGAGAAACCGCUCAAAUAUGAUUUUUCAGUUUGAAAAACUUCCCAGCCCACCGUGGCCACUCACCAUUGGAGGCAUACCAGUGACUCUUUUAGGAGGAGAUACCUUUGGACGGACCUUCCUGUUCCCGAAGGAGACCCUGGGCAAUUUGAAAGUGGCCAUCUGCUCCGCUCAUGAAAUCGGUACACAAAUCUCCGACUGUCAACUACGAAUCCUGGCCCAAGAAGUUCAAUGUUACUUUCAGAACCACCUGCCUGGAGUUGAACUCGUGGAAAUCUUGUUCUCUAAUGCUUAUUCUUUCUACGUCGUGCUUGAUGAUGGUAUCAAGAUUCCAGAUAUCCUUAUAAAGCUACCUGGAAAAAUUACAAAUCGUCCGGUCUACUAUCUAAACGAUCAGGACCUUCAUCGCCCGAUGUGGGCUGAUCUCCCGGCUAAACGUCACAUGAUGCUACAGCCUGCACUAGGUAUCCCUGAUGAUACACCCUACGACAUCAUUAGACCAGGAAUCAUGAUUUGCAGCAAAUUAUUCAAGGAACAUGCACAUCCAGCAUUCUUUUCAACGACAUCAGGUGUGUUUGUCCAGAAUGCGGCUGGUGAGACCUUCAUGACUGGUGCAUCUCAUGGAAUUGGGGAAUCCAACAAUGUUUUUCAACCAAAAAAUCCAGAUAUUGCGGUUGGCUAUGCAGCGAUAAACAUUCCACACACGGAUAUUAUAUUAGUCCGCCUGAAAAAGGGACUUCUAUUUGAUCUGGAAACAUUCGAGGAAGAAGGUGGAACUACACCAAAGUUCACCCGCUUGGCUAACUCCAGUGACAAUAAAAACCUCCUCUUCACUAACCUCAACAGCCCGUUUACUGGGAGAAUGGAUGGUGUCGUUAUCGGCAAGUCGGUGAAAAUUAAAGGUUCAGGCACCGCGUAUAUUGUCUACGAUUGGUCUUAUAGUGGGCAAGUAGAGGACAACAGUACGGUGCAAGCACCUGCAGACGGCGUUUGUGGCUCGGCAAUCUGGGAUGAUAAUGGAAUCGUAUUAGGAUUUUAUCACUACUACAUCAAGGAGGGAAGAUGGGCCGGAUUCUCGGCUUCUGUUAGUGCAAGCGAACUGACCGAAGUGGGAUAUACUCUGGCACAGCCCGGUGGGAAGCUCUUGGAAGCCUUGGAGCUUGGACAAAAGUAA